GCCCUCAUCUCUCUCAGUAGUGUCUAAGCGGGUGAUGCGUUGGUGUGUUGCAGUGCUUCCCCCUCGUCUCGUGCUUCAUGUUGCCUCGCUGGAGCCUGAAUGGAGUUCGUAUAGAGUGUAUUUGACUCCUGAGAACAUGAGGCGAGCAGGGGGGCUUGUGUGUUGGGCGGGGAGCGGCGGGUGGGCGGAAUAGUGGGUGAAUCUGUCUCCCACCGCCGCGGGCUGAGGCAAGUGUACACACCUCCACCUGUGCACCCCAGCUGUGUGUGUGCCGCCUGGGAGGGGUGCAGAGAGGGGCUGAAGGGAGGACGUGAACGAGCUAAGGGAGGUGAAAGGCGAGAGGAAAACGCUACCAAACACAGGUAAAGAAUAAAAGGAAAGGAAAAACAUAACAAGAACUUUGGUGCCGAGAAAGUUUUACAUGCAAGUGUCAGAAAGAGAGAAAAAAAGUGAUGGGAAGGUUAUUUAUCGUUUAGUGUGAAGGAUCUUUGGUGUUUGUUCAUGUCCCUCAGGAGGAGUUGUGUGACGUGACGGCACACACACACACACACACACACACACGCACUUGCUCAUGUUGGGAGGGUACCUGCUGGCGAUUACGAGUCCAAUACGUGAUCAGGCCGUGUUGGUGAAAUACACACGUCCCAGGCCAAGUUCUAAGGCAGUUCUAAUCACGCUCCGCCCUAACCUAACCACCCGUGCCUCCCUGUAAAUAAGUGCUACAAGGUGUGCAAGAAGCGUUCACACACACACACCAGCGCCGCCCCUUCAUCGCCCGCUGCAGGAGCCACUUAGCACAUCCUCUGCCUUAACCUUAGCCCGUGUGCCUCUGUAAAUAAGUGUGCAAGAGGCUGGCUGGGGCGUCUCUAGUGCUUCAUCGAUACUUUCACGUCCUGGCAGUGUCCUUCGCGGCCCGUGGCGGUCUAAAAAGGGCUUGUCAGUGGCCGUGGGCAGCCUCCCCGUCCCUCCCUGAACCAUGUCAGGCUUGAAGGGAGCUGAGUGCCGCAAGUUUCAGGCCAACAUCUUCAACAAGAGCAAGUGUACCAACUGUUUCAAGCAGCGUGAGGAACACUCACCCGAGGCCCUCGAGUCCAACAGGGCGAGCAGGAAGGUGUCAAAAUGUGGCUACCUCUUCGUGGCACCGGACUGGGAUUUCACCAUACCGCUCAACAGGACCAAACGAUGGCAGCGGCGGUGGUUUGUUCUGUACGACGACGGGGAGCUGACCUACUCCCUGGACGACCAUCCGGCCACCAUCCCCCAGGGCGUGGUGGACAUGAACCGGGUGCUGGAGGUGAGCUGCGCGGAGGAGGUGACGGGCAACCAGUUCUCCCUCGCCAUCACCGCGCCAGAUCGUGUCACGUUCAUCAAGGCCACGUGCAAGGAGGAGGCCAAGUGGUGGAUGGACGUGCUCUCCGUCUUCCCGUGCACUCUUAAGCAGCAAGGGCGCCACAAGAGGAACGCCACCUUCCCCGGCAUCAAGACCACCACCGCCAAGCAGACACGGCACACGGCAGCGACUAUGGCGCCCGCAGCCUUUGAGACGGCCGCCGGGCAGAGGGUCAGGUUCCAUAGCUGUACAACCGACCCCAUGGUGGAGGCCAGACCCCAAUCAGCCCCAGCCCCAACCCUAGAGACCGAGGAGGAUGUGUUCCCCACCAAAGACUCCUCCACCCCAGCCCCUUCCUCCACUCUCACCUCCUCCUCCACCGCCCUCUCGUCCUCCUCCACUUCGCGAUUCCUCUCCACCACCCCACUCUCUGCCUCCACCCCUCUCUCCUCCACUCCCUUUUCCUCCCUUCCUCCCUCCUCCUCCUCCUCCUCCUCCACCCGGCUUCUUAGGGAUGAGCAUAAGGAAAACACGACACCGUAUUGUGGAGACUACAGCGACAACCCUCCCACGUCCGAGUCCCCACCAACCCAGGACAAGAUAAGCCACAAGCUGCGCGCGAGACGGGCCGCCCGACGCCUUGAGGGCCGCGGGGUGGGUCUCGUGCAGCCCAGGAGUAAGUCUGAAGUGUCUGGCAUGUUCCACGUCACGCACGGACACCAGGCAACCACCUCAACCACCUCCACCACCACCACUGCUGCCUCUAACACCGGUGGAGCUCUAACUGGCUGCUCCAAUAACCUGAGGGCUCAUGGACUCACUAACUUUGGCUCUAACUCUAACCCUAACCUGUCUAAGAGCCUGACGUCAUCUUCUGUCCCGUCCGCAAGUGUUCCUAUACAAACAAACUGUCCCCCAGAAGUACUGAGACAAAACCUUCCUUCUUAUCCCUCCAGCCUUCCUUCCUCACCUUCCUCUGGGCCAAGAAACACCUCUUUGCCUCUCCAAAGUAAAAGUACCUCUGAAGGACCCACUCGUCACCCCUCUCUCUCGGCGCUGACGCAAAACCUUCCCUCCAGCCUUCCUUCCUCUCCAUCCUCUGGGCCGAGAAACACCUCUUUGCCUCUCCAAAGUAAAAGUACCUCUGAAGGGCCCACUCGUCACCCCUCUCUCUCGGCAGUGCGUCAGAACCUUCCUUCUUCUUCCUCCUCUGGGCGUAGAAAUACCUCCUUGCCUCAGUUCUCAGGUUUCACUCAGGAUUCUGCCUCUCUCUCCUCUUCCCCCUCUCACAGUUCCACCUUGACCUAUUCUACAUCCUCCUCCACCUCCUCCACCUUUCCAUCAACAACUCCUUCACAAGUGGCAGCCUCCUCCUCCUCCUCCACGGCCAAGCCUCUCAAACCCUUCUCCAAGGACUUGAGAGGGAGGAGAAGAGCCACCAUUGCUGUAGCCUCUUCACUCUCCUCCCUCACUUCCUUUCCUUCCUUUGCCCGCCCUUCUACGCUCUCUCCCCCAUCCUCCUCCUCCUCCUCCUCCACUCCAUUCUUCCCCUCUCUUGGCCUCAACCACACCCUCAACUCAUUCUCCACCUCAUACCUUUCUCGAGGGACCACUGGAGGAUGCUCUACCCCGCCUCCUACCUCUCACUCCCUCUCCUCCUCCUCCCUGGGGCUGGCCAUGCAUGCCCCCCUCCCCUCCUGGCCGCCUCCCCCCAGAGCCGCCACACCGCCCGCCAGACCAGCAGGCGAUGUGUCCCGACGGCAGCUUCUUACAGACCUUGAGGAGACCAAGAGAGAGGAGAAGUUGAAGGACAUUGCAGACUCCAUCACCCGGCCAAGGGGCUCAUCCUCCCUGGCCUACCUAUCCUCUAAGCCUGGCGUGUUGGAUGUGAAGCCAACCAGAGAGAGUGACCCAGCUGAGGAGGUUGACCCGCCCCUCACCAACCAGACCCACCCCACCCAGCCCCAGGACACCUCAGCACCCUCACACCCAGACCAUGUUCGAGGUGACCCUGAUGGCUGUGGGUUGGAGCUGUCCCCGCCCUACCCUGCUAGCCCUGACCUCCAGCGUGUUGACCUCCCUGCUGAGGACCUGCUUUAUAUCAAGAAAGGAUGGCUCAUGAAGCAGUCUCUUAGCCAGGAAUGGAACAAGUACUGGUUUGUGCUCCGUGGGACUGGCCUCAUGUUCUACCGUGACCCGGGGGCGGAGGACAGCGGCAUCCUGGCUGGCAUCAUUGACCUCAGCCUAGCCAAUAGUGUGGAGGAAAGUGAAGUGGCUCGGAACUAUGGUUUUACUGUCAUGACUUGGGAGGAGAAAAAGUACAUCUUCUCUGCCGUGACGUCCGGGAUCCGUGCCAACUGGGUUCAGGCCCUGAGGAAUGCCGCCAACCUCAAGGAGCAGAAGGACCGCCCACUGACCCUCGGGGAGAAGAUCGAGAGAGAGAUCGUGGCCAAGAAAUCACGUGGCAGCUCCCAAGGGUCCACCUUUGAGAGCAUGGCAGCAGAGAGGGAGCGAGACACAGCCGAGAGAGAGCGUGACACCAACCUCCACAAAGAACCUCCCCUCUCCUCCUCCACCACCACCCCCUUCGUCUUCUCCUCGGAGGAAGACGGAGAGGAGGAAGAGGAGGAGGAUGAGGACGAGGAUGAGGAGGAUGAGGACGAGGAGGAGGAGGAGGAGGAGGAAUAUCGUACGGCCUCGGAAACUUCGUCCAUGUCGCGAUUUCACCAGCAAACCUCGGAGGAUAUUUGUGACUGGGGCAAUUCCAAAUCCGACCUCAGCAAGCACUCCAGGUCAUCCCCUAUGUCACGGCGCAGUGCCAAGGAUGACUACCUCAGUGCCGCGCCUGCACCCACCUCCUCCACCACCACCACCACCACCACCAGCGGCCUUAGUGGGGGUGGUGAGAGGGACAUUUGCUACUCCGAAACUGGCUCACUCCACUCCAUACAUGAUUUGGACGACAGAUUGCAGCCAGAAAAGGAUGGCCCCGUUAGCAGCUCCACCACCUCUGUGCUCCCGGCCUCUGGAGAUGCCCUGCUAGUGGACCUGCUGGAGACACAGAGAGAGAGAGAGAGAGAGAGAGAGAGAGAGACCCAGACGGACUUCCUGGAGCUGCACAAGGAACACUCCGCCCUCAAGACCAAACUGCGGGUGGGUGGAGGAGGGGGCGGAAGAGGGGCGGGCGUGGGGGACAAGAGUGGAGGAGGAGGAGUGAGUGGAAGAGGAGGAGAAGAAGAAGGUGGGAAUGCAAUCACCACCUCCUCUCCUUCCUCCAACGCCAUGACACAUUACCUCCACCUCCACCACAGUCCCUCACAGCCUCACCACCACCUGUACCACCACCACCACUCCACCACUCCACCUGACUCAGACUCCCCCCACCAGCCAGUGUCAGGGUCCCACUCAAGGGCCAGGCUGGAGGUGGAGUUGUCCGAGGCGCGCCAGACCAUCGCCAGCCUCAAGGCCGACCUCACCCGGCUCCGCAAGAGGCUGGAGAUGUGUGAGGGCGACCUUGACCGAUCCGAGCGUGAGGCGGACCAGCUGAGGCGCGACAAGGAGGAUGUGGCCCAGGACCGCAGUGCCUUGCAGCGCCGUGCCGCCAACCUAGAGAUACAGGUCAAGGAACUCCUGGACCGGGUGGAGGAGCAGGAGCAUGACCUGGCGGAGAAGGCGGCGGCGACCAACCAGCUCAACGAACUGAGGAAGAAGUACGGUGAGCUGCUGGACCACUUCUCGGCCCAGCAGGCGGAGGUGCUGGCCGGCCUGGACUGGAAGCAACAGUACGCACUCCUGGAGAAAAAGAGUCUGAAGGAGAGGGACGAAUGGGAGGAGAGGCUCGGCGUGCAGGAGAAAAAGUUCCUGGAGUUGUCGGCCAGCCAGGAAGCGCGGCAUCAGGAGGUGGUGCGACGGCUUAACAGAUCCCUCCAGGAGGCCGAGAAGAAGAUCCAGAGCCUGGCGUCAGAGAUGGAGGGGCAGCAGCGCUCGGCCCCCUCCAGCUCGGCCAGGAAGUUCUCGGGGUCAAGUUCGGAGAACUCGGACGUGUGGCAGCACAACCAGCAACUCACCAUGCAGCUUGAGCACCUCACCACGGAGCUGUCCAGGAUGCGUGACACCCUGAAGUCCGAGAAGUCCGAGGUUUACAAGUGGAAGGACCUGGUCAAGGAACUCCGCUCUCUGCUGGACGGAAGGAAUGACGAGAUUGAGCGGAAGAGAGAGGAGCUUGAGGAGGUGCGAGAGAGCCUGAGGUCAACGCAGAGGGAGCUUGACCACACCACCGAUCGCCUGCACCGUGGCAUUGAGGAGAACGAGAGCCUCUGUUCAAGGGUGCGGGAGCUGGAGAGGACGCUGCGCCAGGACAAGGAGCGAAGAGCUUCCUCCAAUCUCUCCAUCUCGAGCAGCAGGGAGCGGUUUACCUCCAAGAAAGCCCUGCCCAGAAUUGACUCCCUCAGCGACCUGACCAACAUUGACCUGACCUUUGACCCCGAGGAGAUGGACAAGGAACAGCUGGUCGAGCACUGCGGGGAGGUGCGGGUGCGUCUGGAGAGAGCCGUGGGGGAGAUCCGCGCCCUCAAGCGACAGGUGCGCGAGGGACAGGAGCUGCAGGACCAGUUGGAGCUUUCGAACUUGCAGCUGCGCCAAGACCUCAAGGGCAGCCAGGGUGAUUUUAACUCCCAGCUCAACCUGAUGACUUGUAGGGUGCAGGACCUUACCAACAAGCUGACCAACUCGGAGAAACAGGUUAGAAUAUUACGUCAGAAGAUGAGCCGUGCCGAGAGCCGCGACAGACGCCGAACGCAGUCCCUGAAGGGCCGCGAGUCCUUUACGCUAUCCAAGGACAUGGAGGCCAAAUUAGGGCAGCUGGAGGCCAAGGUGGAACAGCUGUUGAAACCUAAGGAUGACUCUAUGCUGCCAGGGGUGGAGGAGGAGGAAGGGAAGGCUCCAGAGAAGGCCAGCGUGGAGGGCGGCAAGGUGGCGAGGCGGUCCAGGAGCUUUGAGGAGUCCACCAAAUCCUCUCGUCUCCGUCGGAAGUCCCUCGACAGUCCUGGGAGCUCCGAGGCAAUGAAGGCGAUCGUCAGACUCAAUGCGCUGGAGGCCAAGGUGACGGACCUCAGCACGCCAACCCCUGCCGGCACUGUUGACACCCAGCCUGGCACCACCACCACCACCACCAAGGGCCAGUCGAGAGCCAGGUCGCCUCCCCAUGCUGCCACAUCCCCCCUCAGAUCCCCAUCGGUGUCCCACAAGAGUCUCCGGUCGCCCCGAACAACCCCGGAAAAGUCUGUCAAGGUUGGACGCUCGGACUCGGAAAUCAGACACUUGCGGGAGAGGCUGGCGGCUCUGGACCAGGUGCUGACGACCCUCCAGACACAGCUUGGCGAGUGCGUGUCCUGGGCGGGUGCUGUGGAGUGCGUGUGUUCGUGUGGGGCACCUGGACUGUCCUCCCUGCAGCAGCGACUGGGGGGGGCGCUCCACCUGGCCCAGCUACGACACAGCUCUCUUGACCAGACCCAGGUGGCACGCGUUAAGCCUCUGACCCUCAAGCUGCAGGAUAUGCUAAGGGACAAACUGGCUGAGCUGGCGGCCCGACGAGACAGCCUAAAGAAUGAAGGCAAGUGGACGAGGGAUGUUCAGGUGAAGGUGUUCGCCGAGCGCCUGGCGUACGAGACACUGGUGCUGAGUCAACUGGCGCAGGUGCUUCAGACCAGCCAGCGGCCACACAUGUAUGAAGCCUCCGCCAGACUACAGGAGCUGGUUGAGGCGCACCGCAAGCUUUCAUUCCUGGAGAAGAAGCUCACCAACCCAGACUUCGACAUGGAUACUCUUUCUCCACUUGACUUUUACACGAGUCUGUUGGCGGAGAAGCUGGUGGUGCAGGCGGAGGUGGCCGGUCUGUCGUCCCGCGCCUCCACCGUGCCUCCGCCAGCCCUCGGGGAGACCUGCCGGGACCUCCAGGCGCGUCUUCUGGAGCGAGAGAGGAACCUGGCGGGGCUGCUGACGCGCUACAAGGAACAGAAGCUGCACCAGAUAGCCGUGGUCAUGGCCAGGGAGACUGUCACAGGCACUGGGCCAGGGCAGGACGAGACAGUGCUGGUUGAGGAGGUCAGAAUGCGGCAAGUCUGGACACAAGCGCAGGACCUUGUCAGCCAGGAGCUCGCCAACGCAGAGGCCGGCCAAUCCCUGCUGCGUCUAUCCCACCUCCUGUCCCCGGAUGGCCUGCCCCCUACCGUGGCCGUCCCCUGGCCCACCGCCGCCGCCCUGGAGCGCUGUCACCGAGCCGCAGAGGACUCGUUACGCCAGGAGAUGGAGGAGGCUGUCUUCACGCUUAGCAACAAGUACGAGGCCGUUCUAGCGCGACACAGGGCCGGGGAAACUGCCGUGUUACAGUCCGUGUCAGCCACCAUGGACGCGCUUUUGGCUGAGUUCGCUGCCGUCGCUGCGCAGAAGGCGGUGAUCGACGGCCAGCUGGCGGUGGUUCAGGGUGAGGGCGGAGAAGCGGCCCUGGAAACCCUGGCCAUCGUUGAGGAGGUUAAGGACACUGUGGGCUCGGCCAGUGAUGUCGUAGCCAGCGAGUCCCAUCUACUCAUGUUCCUGGGCGGCCGAGACUCUUCCCUGGAGAGCCUUGUUCAGCCUGCCCUGGACCAAGCGGAGUUCACCUUCCUCUACAACAAGGCAACCACUCAAGGCUCCACUGAGUUAGCCAGGCUGCUGCAGGAGGUCACUGAGGCUCGGAACGCUCCAGACCUCAUGAAAACAUCCACAACCUCCACCUCAACCAGCCUCACCUCAUCCACCACCUCCACUUCCACCCCCAGCUCUACCAAGGACACCCCUGUGGAAGCCUCAGUUGCUACUAACACAGGGGUCAAAAUGCAGUCAUCCCCCAAGGUCAAAAGGAAGAGUGAAGGUCGUAGGUCGUCGAGGAGGUCGUCAGACAUCACUGGUAUGGCCGAGGGGUGCCGGCAGUGCGAGGAGCUGCGUCAGGAGGUUGCCAAGCUGAAGCGGAGCAUGGACCUACGGAGGGCAAGGGAGCGUGAGGUGGAGUGCAAGCAGUGUCUCGCCCACCUGGCUGCCAUCAAGGCCCUGGAGAAGGAUCACGAGGCUGCCGUCACAGCCCUGAAGGCACAGCACCAACAGGAACUGGCCCGUGUGCACCUUCUGGAGGAGGCCGCCGCGGGGAGUGCAGUCUCCACCACCGACGGGGAGCUGACGGAGCUGCAGCGUCGCCUCAGCCUUCUGGAGGAGGGAUAUGAGGCACAGAUCUCCGCCCUCAAGCACCAGUAUGAGGAGGCGUUGGGCAGCCAGCCGGAUCUUUGUGAGGAGAAGGUGCGGCAGAGAUACCAGCUGGAGAUUGAGCACUUGAGGGGCCUGUGUGAGAAGGGUCUUGGCGCCAUGGAGAACUCCCACAAGAGGAUGCUGACGGAGAUGGAGGAGAAGCAUCGCAGGGAGUUGGCGGCGCUGCAGGCGGAGAAGGAGCAGGCCCUGGCGGAGGAGACUCAGGCCACGCUGGCUGCCCUUGACGCCAUGCGGAAGGCUCAUGAGUCCGAGGUCCAGCGUGAGAUAGCCAAAUUCAAGGAGGAGUUCAUCCGGAAAAUGCAGGCGAGCCACGACCUAACCGCCAUCCACAAGGAGCACGAGGCGGAGAUGGAGGACAUCCGGCGGGAGAUCUUGUCUCUCUCCCAGAAGUACUCCGUCAAGUGCCUGGAGUCUGCGUCCCUGGAGGAGAGGCUGGAUGCCCUCACCCGCCAGCUGAACGAGGCCAACAAGCAAGUGUUUGACCUACAAGCCAGGAACAAGCAGCUCAAGGGUCACCUCUCGGCACAAGUCUCUCAGCUCCAGGGCGAGGGCAGAAGGGAUGCGGAGAGCCAGCUGAAGGUGUGUGAGGCCGAGCUGGGACUGAUGAAGGAGGAGGUGGCCAGGCUCACCCAGCAGCUCCACCAGGCUCAGACACAUGAGAGUGACCUGGGGGAGCUGUGCCGCCAGUUGGGUCAUUUCUUAAAAGCCGAGCGCCAGCUGAGGACAGACGAGGUCACCACUCUUAGAGAGAAACUGGAGGCCAUUCUGCUCACCGCGGCCAACAUGCAAGGUAACACACACACACACACACACACACACACCAAAAUUCCGUCUCUCCCCCCAGACUUGCUAAGGUCCCCCAGCUGUCCGCGCCUGUCCGGAGUGUCGUCUUUUUUAUUGGGUGGCCCUUGUCUGGGGGGGUCAGGGCCACCUACCAACCCAGCCCCGACCCCAGACCUCCCCUCACCCCUGGCAGGCAUGGUGGCGACGCGCAAGAAGGUGUUCGAGAUGCGACACGCCGUCACGGACCCUAUCUAGACGACCCGCUUGACUCCAUCGCUGAGGAGGGCAGUGGCGUCAAGGCGGGAGGUUCGCAUCUCUCCCGGCGGAACAGUGUCGCUUCCUGCUCCUUGGCGACACAAAACAGAGGUGGAAUGGCGAUGCUGAGGGUGCCAUGGAGCCGCGCUGCCACAGAGAAGGAAUUCAUCUCACUCAUGGAACGCGUGCAGGAGGAAUGCGCGCCCCCGAUCACUGCGAACCGCCCCUCCAGAAAGUCGCUACCUGCCGGUGCGCUCCGUUCGUACAUGAGGAGCACGGCGUCUUCCGUUCGUAGGAGUCACGGCAGUGGUGGUUCUCCUUCUCCAAGCCCACAGGAUGAGUCUAGCAAGGUUAAGCGGGAUUCUCAAGUCUCGAAAACACAGUCGUUGCUUCCAAGGAAAAAGAUUGUCCCUGUAAAGCCCAGUAUUCCCCCAGUGUUACUCAAGGACAGGGGGAGUGUUGGAGGUUCUGCUGCCAGUGUCGGAGAUGAAGCCAGACAUCCCGUGCCAUCCUCAACCAACAAGGACAGCCCACAACAACAUCCGCCGGGAGACUCGACAUCUGUGGCGGCCGGCGGCAAGGAAGGGCUGCUCAAGAAGGGUGUUGGAGGUGCGACAGGCCCUUGUGAGACCAACUGUAAGGGAUGCCAGCUGGUUGAUCUCUGGUUCAUAUUCUGGCAUGCACAGUUCAACCCACCAUCUGUUCAUAAGCCAGAGAAGAACAAAGCCACACUGCCUGCCGUGUGAGACCAGUUGCAAGGGGUACCAGCUGUAAGGGGUGCCAACUGUAAGGGAUGUCAGCUGGUGAGUUCAAUCCCCCAUCACUACAUAAACCAGAGAAGAACAAAGCUGCACCGCCUACUGUGUGAGACCAGCUGCAAGGGGUACCAACUGUAAGGGGUACCAGCUGCAAGGGGUACCAGCUGUAAGGGGUACCAGCUGUAAGGGGUGCCAGCUGUAAGGGGUACCAGCUGCAAGGGGUACCAGCUGUAAGGGGUACCAGCUGUAAGGGGUGCUAGCUGUAAGGGGUGCCAACUGUAAGGGAUGUCAGCUGGCGAGUUCAAUCCCCUAUCGCUCAUUAGCCAGAAAAGAACAAAGCUACACUGCCUGCCUUGUGAGACCAGCUGUAAGGAGUGCCAGCUGGUGUAAGAGGUGCCAGCUGGUGGAACAAAGCUUAACCACCUGCCUUGUGAGACCACCUGUAAGGAGUGCCAGCUGGUGGAACAAAGCUUAACCACCUGCUGUCCACCACAGAAGCUUGUCUUAGGCCGGUCGUCAGUGCGGGAAUCGAUCUGAAGGUUUGUAAAUAUGUAUUGUAAACAUGUAUAGGACUCGUAAUAUUUUUUGACCUGUUAGAGUAUAAUACUGACCACUCCCUCACUCACCCUUACCCACCUUGAAGGCCCAGGAACACAUUGAAUACUGUUACUAUGUUGAAUAACUUAAUAUACGUUUGUAGUGAUAAACGAUAGAUGAGAUUACGAGAGUUUAUGAAGGUAACCAAAUAUCUUAACCCAACCCACGGUAAUAAUUCAUAGCAAUACGUUAUUAUUAUGUAUCUUAACAACCUCAGCGACUGUCCACGUUUCCGGUUCUGAUAAACAUAACUUCCGGCUUCUCUACCGAGUGUUAUGAGGAGCAUUUUUCUCACUCCCUCUCUCCACUAUUUAUUGUCAUAUUUAUUUGGUUAAUUUACAAAUGUUUUAAGCCAGGAUGUUUAAGUGAGGGCGUUUAAGCGAUGACAUGUGAGUGAGAAUGUUUGAGCAAGGAUGUUUAAGUAAGGACAUUUAAGUGAGGAUGUUUAAGUGAGGAUGUUCAAGUGAGAAUGUUUAGGCAAGGAUGUUAAGUGAGGAUGUUUAAGUGAGGACAUUUAAGUAAGGACGUAUGAGUGAGAAUGUUUAAGCAAGGAUGUUAAGUGAGGAUGUUUAAGUAAGGAUGUUUAAGCAAGGACGUUUAAGUGAGACUGUUUAAGCAAGAAUGUUUAAGUGAGGAUGUUUAAGUAAGGAUGUUUAAGUAAGGAUGUUCAAGUGAGAGUGUUUAAGUAAGGACGUAUGAGUGAGAAUCUUUAAGCAAGGAUGUUAUAAGCGAGGAUGUUUAAGCAUGGAAGUUUAAGUGAGGACAUUUAAGCAAGGACAUUUAAGCGAGUACGUCUAAGCAAGGACAUUUAAUCAAGGGCGUACGAGCCUUCUUAACACACUUAGCCUUACCGUUAAGUCACGCCGAGGCAGUGACUUCCCAUAACUUAAGUGGUGGAGACUUUCCCUGUUGUUAUACUGUAAUUAUUCUUAAUUUAUUCACACCCACUAUUGUUACUCUUAAUACAUUGGAGGCACGCUUCACUCACCCAGUAACCUGCCUUUGUACAGCCACUGAUACAUUUGUCAAAGGUUUAUCAAAGUAUAUAUAUUUUAAAUAAAUAAUAAACUCUUGAA